AUGACUACACAAGAAAAACAACCCCAUUUCGUUCUUCUCCCUUUCUUGGCCCAAGGCCACAUGAUCCCCAUGGUCGACAUCUCCAGACUGCUCGCCAAACGAGGCGUAACCGUCACCAUCCUCACCUCUCCCAACAACCACAACAGAAUCAAACCCACCAUCGACCGCGCAGUCGCCUCCGGGUCGAGCAUCCGCGUUUCCCACUUCAAAUUCCCGAGCACCGAAGCCGGCCUUCCGGAAGGUUUCGAUAAUAUGGAAAAGGUGGCCUCGAUGGACGAGUCCUUCAAAUUCAUGACGGCCGCGGCCAUGUUAGAGGACCCGGUCGAACAAAUACUUAAAAACCUCGAACCUCGCCCGACCUGUUUGAUCGCCGACAUGUGUUUCGCGUGGGCCACAGCCGUCGCCACCCGGUUCGGAAUCCCGAGGCUCGUUUUCCACGGGACGAGCUGUUUCGCCCUCGUGUGUAUGCACGUGCUGUUUCUCUCCCGGGAUUUCGAAAAAAUCGCCCCUUCGGAUACAGAGUAUUUCGUGGUACCCGACCUUCCCGACCGGAUAGAGGUCACCAAGGCUCAGAUGAGGGGCACGCAAAAGGAACUCACGCCGGAGUGGGUCAAGGUGCGCGACCAGCUCCUGGGCGCGGAAUCCGGAGCUUUCGGGACGGUGGUCAACACUUUCGAGGAGCUCGAGCCAGAGUACGUGAGGAAGUACUCGGAAUUGAAGGGUAAUAAAAAGGUCUGGUGCAUCGGGCCCGUCUCGUCGUGCAACGAGACCGAUUUGGAUAAGGCCCAAAGAGGCAGCUCGAUCGACGAGCACCACGAGUGCUUGAGAUGGCUCGGUUCUCGAGACCCGGGCUCGGUUAUAUUCGUCUGCCUCGGGACCGUUGCUCGACUCGCUGCUUCGCAGCUCGUCGAGCUCGGGUUGGGAUUGGAGGCUUCGAACCGACCCUUCGUGUGGGUGGUCAGGAGCGCGCCGGACGAGUUUGACACGUGGCUUAGGGAAGAGAAUUUCGAAGAGAGGGUUCGGGAGAAGGGGAUUGUGAUCCGCGGGUGGGCCCCGCAGGUUUUGAUACUCUCCCACCCGUCGGUUGGGGGAUUCCUGACGCACUGCGGGUGGAACUCGACUCUGGAAGGGAUGACCGCGGGCUUGCCGAUGCUGACGUGGCCGGUUUUAGGGGAGCAGUUUUCGAACGAGAAGUUUGUCGUGAGCGUGGCGAAGAUCGGGGUGAGAGUGGGAUUGGAAGUGCCGGUGAUGUUUGGUGAGGAGGAAAGAAUUGGAGUUCAGGUGAAGUGGGAGGUGGUUAAGGGGGCUAUUGAGGAGUUGAUGGAUGGGGGAGAGGAAGGGCAAAGGAGGAGAGAGAGGGCUCGGGAGCUCGGGAAAAUGGCGAAAAGGGCGAUUGAGGAAGGGGGCUCGUCUUACCUUAACAUGACUCGUCUUAUAACUGAUGUUGUGAAGGAGGUAGAUGGUUGUGGUGAUGGAGUUGGGGAAGGCAUAUCGGUUGUUUUGAGGAAAAUGUCCUACAGCAAUGUAAUGUAUAACACCUCCAUGCCCCCCAAAAACAAACACACAAACAAACCAAAACCAAAAUCAAGGGCAGAACGUAAUGACAUAGUUAGCCCCAGUCGGGCAGGUAAACGUGCUCGUCUUGUCAUCAUACGCAUAGCUAUAAGCCUGCGGGCACUUGCUCUUGAACAUCUGCGAAUAGCUAGUCGGCUUGCACGUAUCGGGCGACCCGUAAGCUCCCGUGCAGCAGUACUGCGGCUGGUUCAGCGCCACACAAGCACUCUUGCACCCAACAAUCCCACCGUCCGGACCUCUGACCGCCAGCUCGUUCGGGCAGCCGGCAUUGAUGUCUGCCGGGCAGGACACGGACGGGCAGCUGCCCCCUCCAACCGAGACAGGCAGGUUGAAGCCGUCGACAAGGCUAAUGUCGUAAAAGUCCUUCCCCCCGUCGCCGCCCAGCGUGAACUCGACGAGGGAGGCAGGUGGGGCGCCGCCCGACCCGUUGCACUCGACCCCGCCCGACCCGCAGUCACCGGUCAGGCAGGUGCUGCCCGAGCAACGGGUGCGGGCCCAGAUGCGGCCGGACCACGGGGACGGGACGUCGAGGGUUCUGGCGGCGUUGGGGGGAAGCUCGAAUCCGGUGAGGGGGGCCGAGCCUCUUCCGGUGAGGGUGGCCGGCCAGAUUUGGUAGGGGCAGUUGUUCUUGAUGGUGAAUGUGGCGGAGUGGACGCUAGUGGUGGUGGUGGUAGCUGCAAAAUGUCAUGGUAUAAUGUCCCUAACCGCCAGCUCAUCCGGGCAGCCGUUGUUGCUGAUGUCAACCGGGCAGGCCACAGUCGGGCAGUUUGUCCCGCUGACCGAAACAGGCAAAUUAUACCCAUCGACCAAGCUGAUUCCUUCCCGCCGUCUCCACCAAGCGUGAACUCGACUAGAGAGGCUGGUGGGGCUGCGCCAGCCUGGCGGCACUCGACUUGGCCUGACCCGCAGUCCGCGCUAAGGCAGGUGAACUUAUCCGCAUACGAGCAUUCGAACCGGGCCCAGAACCUUCCGGACCACGGGGAAGCAAUGUCGAGGGGUUUUGUGGCCUGGGAAGGUAGCUCAAAGCCCGUUAGGGAUUGCGGGCCUGACCCGGUCAGGGUUGCGGGCCAGAUUGUGUAG